GGAAACGGGACUUAUUAUUUUUUCUUUAGGGCUAGCGACGGUUAGCGACACUUGACUCUGUCUGGAUAACGGCAAAAGAUAGGCUAAUAAUGCAAUUAAACCUGAUUUUGUUGUUCGCACUUUGUUCGCUGAACGCAAACUCAGCCGAAGAUCUGCUCGAGCUGGGCUGCAUAACGAACGCGCAAUGCCAACAAUUCGAGGGUGGCCAUUGCCAUGAUUCGAGCUGCGUGUGCGUAGCACGUGGCAGCAAGGAGCGCAUCGCCUGCCAGCCCAAGGACAAAAAGUUGACCAACAUAAUUGGCGGUCCGUGUCCCUGCACCCAGCCGCAUGCCGAAUGCGAUACAAAGAUGCAGCAGUGUUUCUGUGCCGACAACUACAUGGCCAGCGAGGAUAGACGCCGCUGCCUGCCGCUCCAGGUGCCCCUGGACGGAGCCUGUGAGCUGUCGCGCCAAUGCCAGCGGGCGGACACGUUUGCCGUCUGCCAAUUGUCGCAAAAGCGCUGCAUAUGCAGGGAUCACUUUGAGCAGCAACAGGGCAGGUGCCUGGCGCUCCUGGAUCUGAGUUGCAACAACAAUACGCAUUGCGACCACAUUGGCGCUUCGAUUUGCCUGCCGCAGGCCAUGAAGUGCGCCUGCAUUCCGGAUUAUGUGCCCAAUCAUAAUAUGACCGGCUGCGUGACGGGCGUUGGACUUGACAGCAAUUGUACGACUCCCGCCCAAUGCCAGCUGCAGCUCGGCGCCGGCAGCACCUGCCGCGACAAUCGCUGCACCUGCCGGAUCAAGCACUACCUGAAAAACGAUCAGAAUCGGAAGAGCGCCGUUUGUGAGCCCCUUGUGCCAUACGGCGCAUACUGUCGCCGCACGGAGGACUGCCAGCAGCAUCAGCCGGAUGUGGAGAGUCGGGUGCAAGACUCCCGGAUGCAGUGUUUGAGGGGCGAGUGCCAAUGUCGGGCCGAAUUUCGUGUUGUGGACAAUCAGCGUUGCGUGCUGGACACAUCCGCGGCUAAUCCGCGAUAUAAACUAUUCGCGCCACUCUCCAUGCUCAUUUUUUGGCCAAUUUAUUAUUAUGUAUAGCGAGAAUAGAAAAUAAACACACACAUUGAAAUACA